AUGGAUACGACAUCUCCACACUAUCCACAGACCGACGACUCCCAUCUCCAUGCUCUGAAUACUGUUCCUACACCCCGAUCCAAUAGAGUCCUGUCGUCUCCGCCGCAUGAUGUUGUCCGUCUGAUACAAUGUUUCCAUUGUUCACAACCGCUGCGUGCACCACUACGGCUUCCAUGCGGGAACGCCGUGUGUCGGGCUUGUUUGCCGCCGAUUCACAGGCGAACUGGAAUCACUUACCCAGCUAAUGAGGACCGAAAGCAAGGCUUUACCUGCCUCUGGGAAGGGAUCGAUGAGAACUGCGCCGGAGAACAUUGUGUGGCAGAUUGCGGGGGUGAUAUUUUGUUAGCCCGUCUGGUGGACGUGUUCGAGGAGGUUCUUGGAGCCAGCUCCACUACGGUGCAGGGUGGGUUCCGAGUUAUAUGGCACAGCAUUGAAAGGGACACGGGGAAAUGGAUCGAGAAAAGCAGUACAUGUCAAGGACGUGGGUUACUCGAAGGCAUCUACGAUUUGGCCAAACGGGGUCUCUUCGAUUACGACGCGUCUGAAGUCAAAUAUGAAUUGGAUGGCCAUGUCAAACAGGACGAUGGAGUUUUAAGCAAACUGAUGGACGCUAUGCAGAGUGAGCUGGAUUGCCAUGUCUGCUACUCGCCGAUCGUGGAUCCGCUGACAACAUCUUGCGGCCACACGUUCUGUCGUGGGUGUGUCAUAAUGAUCAUGAACCACUCCGAUCUGUGUCCCGUAUGCCGGCGCAAACUGAAUGUGGAUUCAACGGUGCACGUGGAACCAAGUAAUCAACGAAUAGCUGGACUUCUGGAGACCUUAUUCCCGGAGCAGACUGCUUCGCGUCGAGAGGCUGUAGCGCAGGAAGGGGCCGAUACGGAUAAUGAUGAGACAAAACUCCCACUAUUUGUGAGCUCGCUUUCCCUUCCGACGGUCCCAACAUUCUUGCAUAUUUUUGAACCCCGAUAUCGCCUCAUGAUGCGAAGGGUUAUGCGGAGCAGAAACCACCAAUUCGGCAUGAUCAUACCCAACCGCGGUGGUCGGUCUCAGGGGGUGUUGGGGAGAUCCCGGUUCAUGCAGUAUGGCACCGUUGUGGUUGUUGAACGCUAUGAGCCGCUUCCCGAUGGACGAAGCCUUGUGAUUGUCACUGGACAGUCUCGCUUCAAGGUGCUCGGCUCGGAAUUCGUAGAUGGGUAUCAUAUCGGUCGAAUACAGCGCGUCAACGACAUGUCUAUCACAGAAGAGGAGAGGCAAGAGUCCAUGGAGACGUCGGCCCUUUCAGGGUUCAAUGAAACAAAUUCAUCGGACAAAGAAAAAGCUCUAGACGCCAUGUCCACACAGGAGCUCUUUGACGUGGGUCAGAAUUUUGUACGGCAGCAGCACAGUCAGGGAGCGGCAUGGCUCCAGCCGCGUGUUUUGCUGGCCUACGGGGGCAUACCCGACGAUGCUGCCCGGUUUCCAUGGUGGUUCGCUAGCGUCCUGCCAAUUUGGGAGGAGGAAAAAUAUGAGCUCUUGCCGACAACCAGCCAGCGCAUGCGUGGCCAUGAGCCCAAAACGUAUAUCUCGCAGUCCGUCGUGGUAGGAGCUUUUCUAGCCAUCCUCAUGGUACAAGUAGCUACCAACGCUGGUCAAGUCUUGCGAACAAGAUGGCGGGAAAGGCAGAGCCAGCAAAGAGUCGAAAGAGAGCAAGAAUCACCUCAACCCACUAGCGAGUCUCCAGACGAGGCGGGUCUAAAUGAAGAACCUGCCCGAGAUGCGGGGUGA